AUGAUUGUUAUGAUCUGGUUGUUGCUUUUCAUUAAUAUUGUAUCAUCUCAAUUUUUGAGUAUUAAAUCUCCUAUUGAUGAAGGCAAAAUCAAAACAUUAUUACGAGUUGAUGGAGAAAUUACAUCAAAAGGGAUUUUAUUAACAACGGAAUCUAAAAAAGAUGGACUUAUUUCAACAAUAAAAACACUUCCAACUUAUUUCCAAAUUAAUGGAAAAAUAAAGUCAGAUGGUAUUGGAAAAGGAUUUGCAUUAUGGCUAACAACAAAACCAAUUGUUUCAGGUAACAAUUUUGGGGGUAAAUUUACUGAAUCAAGUGAAGGGAUUUAUGUAAAAGUACCAACAGAUUCAUCAAGGGGAACAACAACAAUCUACAAUACAGAAAAACAAUUAACUCAAUGCACUUUUCCUAAUUCUAUUCAUUUUGAAAGUAUUUCAUUUGAAUUAAAGUAUGAAGAGAAAACAAAUAAAUUGAUUAUUUCAAUAGGAAAAGACAAAGGAGGAUGUGAAAUGACAUAUGAAGGGAAAAUAAAACAUAUGUAUUUUGAAAUAUCUGCAUUAGAUGAUAAAAAUGAGUUAUUAGGAAAUGAUAAAAGUAUUAAUGGAUUGAAUUUUGGUUUUACUGAAAGUGAAUUAUUUAAUGACGGAGAUGAUAUUGAUUUUGCAUUACAAAAAAUCUAUUUAGUAUUAGGAAAAGUUCAACAACAAGCAAGUAAAUUAGAUAAGUUAAAUGAUGAGAAUUCAAAUUUAAUGAAAAUUAUUGUCAAUGGAGCAAAACAUUUAAAUGAAAUUGAUAUUCUUGUUGAUGUAGAUACAUUUAUGGAAAGAUUAAGAACUAUAGAAGAAAUUACAAGAACAACAACAAAUGAUCUUAAGACUUUAAUUUCAACAACAAUAUCAUCUAACAAAAAUACAAUAAAAAAUAAUGAAGCUUCUACACAUACAUUCUUUUGGAUUUGUUUUUUUUAA